UGCUGGUUAUGGAUGCCAUAACAAGGUGACGAUGCCUCUAACGGACGAGGACCAAGACACUGUAAAGUGUCGAUGGGCAGUCGGGGAUGAGUGCGGAUCUGCUUGUAAUUUGCUUCCAAAUGCAGUCUUGGACCGAGAUAAGUGCCUCGUGAGUUUCAAUGCGGGGGUCAACUAUACGUCUGGAGGUUGGUACGUGGUCACCAUCACUAUCGAGGACUACCCCAAGAGUACGAUAUAUGUUGGACGUGAGAGGAAAACACCCGCUCAACCAUUAUCAUCCGUUCCACUUCAGGUGCUGAUCACGACCCCUACAUUCGCAGGGGGACAGGCUGCGUGUGAUGCAAAACCUGAAUUUGUAACCCCAACAUUAGCUGGAGAUUCAAGAGUCCGUGUUUUACCAGCCGCAACAUUUACGACAAAGAUUUACGCUUCUUCCCCGAUGUAUCCAAAUUCAAACGUUGUAUCAUUUUCGUUUGUGUCACCCAGAGGCUUCAUAAAGGGCAACUUACAAAAUGAUGACUUUGGGAGGAAUAAUGUCAAGGUUAUUUCCGCAACAUGGACGCCGACGGUCGGUCAGGCUGGGGAUAACCUAUUUUGCUUCAAAGCGUUUGAUUCAAAUGGCGCUGCGUCUGAGUCAAGGUGCAUCACGAUAGCUGCAUACGAUUUUGAUGAAUGCCUCAGUGGCCCGUGUCAAAAUGGAGCAACGUGUGUUGAUGGAGUGAAUAGGUACUCUUGCAACUGCAUUCCUGGUUUUGUCGGCAUUCACUGUGAAACUGAUGUUGAUGAAUGUUCAAGUAUCCCAUGUCAAAACGGUGGAACAUGUGCAAACCUCAUCAACGAGUACAAGUGUAGCUGUAAGCCAGGGUUCACAGACAAAGACUGCAGCACCGAUAUUGAUGAAUGUACGAGUGGACCGUGUCAAAAUGGAGGCGUCUGCGUCGAUGACAUCAAUCAGUUUACUUGCACCUGUGCGGCUGGUUUCACUGGCGACCUGUGUCAGACAAACAUCAAUGAGUGUGCAAGCUCACCUUGUGCUAACGGAGGGACUUGUACCGAUAAUGUAAACGGAUUCACGUGUGCCUGUCUGCCCGGCUUUGUCGGUGUGACUUGUUCAGUAAACGUGGACGAAUGUGCUAGUUCACCAUGCCAACACGGUUCAACAUGUUCUGAUGACGUCAACAAAUAUUCAUGCACAUGUUCGGUUGGUUACACUGGACGAAACUGCGAAAUAAAUAUAGACGAAUGUCAGAGCGAGCCUUGCUAUUUCAACUCCACUUGCAUCGAUAGGGUGAACUCUUACACGUGUGCUUGUAUCAAUGGAACGACGGGUUUAAAUUGUGAAACGGAUAUCGACGAGUGUGCUAGUGAACCAUGUCAACACAUCUCUACUUGUCUUGAUAGGUUGAAUGGCUAUGCUUGUGCUUGUUCUCCUGGUUUCAACGGUACUCACUGUGAGCACAACAUCAAUGAAUGCCUAAGCUCUCCCUGUCAACACGGUACGUGCUUGGACAAUAUCAACAGCUUCCAAUGUGUGUGUUCCCAAGGAUAUACAGGUGAAUUUUGUCAAACAGAUAUCAACGAGUGCGCAAGUGACCCAUGUCAACACAACAGUCCUUGUAUCGAUGAAGUGAAUGGAUUUAGAUGUAACUGCAUACAAGGAACAACUGGAGUCAACUGUGAAACGAAUAUAGAUGAAUGCCAAAGUGGACAUUGUGAACAAAACGCAACAUGCAUCGAUGGUAUCAACCAAUAUCAGUGUCGGUGUGUUGAUGGUACAACGGGGAAGAAUUGUGAAACAGAUAUUGAUGAGUGUCAAUCAGUACCAUGUAAAUACAAUGGGACAUGUGU